AUGAGCUACAAUCUCUUCCUCAUGGCCCUUGUCCUGGGCAUUGGUGGAGGUUUCCAAUAUGGGCUGCAGAUUUCCAUCAUCAAUUCUCCUGCUGAGUACAUCAAAAGCUUCAUUCGUGAGACCUGGCUGAGGAGAUAUGGCUCUGCUCUCAGUGAAGAGACGGUGACUUUGAUGUGGUCCUUUGUUGUGUCCAUUUACAGCAUUGGUGGGCUUCUGGGGUCCUUAUCUGCUGGAUAUUUGUCUGUUAGAUUUGGAAGGAAAAAGAGCAUGCUGAUUGCCAAUAUUCCUGCUCUGCUGAGUGCAGCUCUGAUGGGACUCAGCCGGCUGUGUGGAUCAUAUGAGAUGAUCGUUGCUGGAAGAUUAUUUUCUGGAGUGUGUGGAGGUUUAGCUCUGAAUGUCCACAUCAUGUAUGCUGGGGAAAGUGCCCCACGGAAGCUCCGUGGGUUGAUUGCAAUAACAGCUUCUACUGCCAUUGGUGUUGGAAAGUUUGCAGGAUUUGCUCUGGGUCUCAGAGAACUUCUUGGAGUAGAAGCUCUCUGGCCUAUUCUCUUGGCAGCCAAUGCACUUCCCGCCCUUGUUCAGCUUCUCAUCCUCCCCUUCUUCCCAGACUCUCCCCGCUACCUGCUCAUUGACAAAAAAGACAAGGAGGGGUGCAUUAAAGCUGUGAAGCAGCUCUGGGGGGACAGUGACCAUAUGGCUGAAAUAGAUGACAUGAUGGCAGAGAAAGAAGCCAUCUGUGGGGAGAACGCCAAGAGUGUUUGUGACCUCUUUCGUGACAAAGCUGUCCGCUGGCAGUUCAUCACUCUCUUCCUUGUCUCAUCAUGCAUGCAGUUAAUUGGUGUCAAUGUGGUUUACUUUUAUGCAUAUAACGUCUUUAUAAAGGCUGGAAUCUCUCCUGCUCAAACGCACUAUGUCUCCCUGGGAGUUGGGCUCACUGAGAUCCUCUGCACAGUUUUGUGUGGUUUCCUAAUUGAGCGAGCAGGGAGGAAGUCUCUGCUGUGGAAAAGCUACAGUGUUAUGGCCUUGGCUUUAGGGCUCCUCACAGUCACUCUUUCUCUACAGGAUUCCUUUUCUUGGGCACCAUACUGCUCUGUUGCACUCAUCUUUAUUUUCAUCAUGAGCUUUGGCAUUGGGCCAGCUGCAGUGUUAUGCCCCUUGCCUACAGAAAUAUUUAUUCAGUCAUACAGACCAGCUGCUUAUGUUUUUAAUGGUAUUACAAACUGGACCCAACUCUUCAUCCUUGGACUUUUGUUCCCUUUCAUUGUGUGUAGCAAAACCCCAAAAUGCUGCUCACUGUACACAAAGUUAGACUGUGACACUGGCAAACACAGAAGCAGUGCCAGAGGCACUAACACUGUCAGAUAUCAUCUGAAUAGGAGAGUUAGUUCAUCUUACCACUCAAUGACAUUCCCCAGGUAG